AUUGGUGGAAUAAACAUUGCGUUGAUUUCGUAACAGUCUUCAGUUCGAAAGUUUAUUAACUGUAAAAGAAUUAUUUUAAUAAAGCGAAUUCAUUUGAAUAAAAUGAAUUAAUAACUAGAAAGGUUAACAUUUCUUUGAUUGUCUGAAAAAUAAUGAACAAAGCAAGUUUGUGAUUCGUUGGAAAACUUCAUUUUGAAAUCAUGGUGACAAUUUAAAUUGAAAGAAACAGUUUUUGUUUUAAAGUUUUAGAAAUUAAAUGGUAAGUUUAAAAAUAAUCUUAAAAUGGAAGCAUACAAAAAGCGUCAAACAUUUAUUUCUUUUAAUAGAAACUUAGUAUCUAGAACACCUGCUGAGAAAAAACUAAAAACUUAUGACAGAAAGCUACAAUUACAAACAGCUAAUAAAUGGAAAGUCUCUACGCUUGCAAAAUAUAAUGCUAAUGAUUGGCUUGAAAUUGAAAGCGUUGACGGAAUAGUUACAGCGCUAAAAUGCAAAGUAUGCCGAGAAUAUGCAUCGCAAAUUCAGAUUUUAAAAGGCUACACUUCGGAAUGGAGCUGUGGAAAAGGAUGUAGUCGAUUGCAACAUAGUUCUGCAAUCACGCAUGCAGAGGGAAUGUCUCAUCAGAAGGCUUUUGAGAUUUUUAUGAAAACGAGAGGCAUGAAUUUGUGCGAUCGAAUUGAAAAACUAAACGAGUUGCAGCAGGAAAUGCGGCAAACAGACAUUUUAUCCGGUAUUCAAACCAUGAAUAGUAAAGACUUGGAUUUGACAAAAAAAAAAUUUGAGGUCGCUUACUUUAUAGCAAAAGAAGAACUAUCGCUUUGCCUAUACCCAAAAAUAAUUCAAUUAGAAGAGAAACAUGGUGUAGUUUUUGGUCAGGCUUAUAAAAACGAAAACACAUGUAGAGUAUUUAUUGACUACAUUGCUCUUAGUUUAGCGAUAGAUCUCAAAAAUAAACUAAAUACUCAAAAUUUUUUCACUAUUUUAAUUGACGGUUCUAACGACGUUUCAAUUAAGGAAAAAGAAGCUAUAUUUGCCGUUACUUUUAAUCCGGCUCCAACUGGAAAAUCUGAAGUAAACGUUGAAUGUGAUUUUCUUUCACUUUUGGAUGUUGAGUAUGGAACUUCGCACGGAGUUUUCAACAUCAUAAAAAAGUCACUCUGGAAUAUAGAAGUCGUAAAUUGCAAUAAAAAACUAGUUGGAUUUGGUGCGGAUGGCGCAUCCGUUAACAGAGGGAGCAAGUCGGGCGUUAAAAUGUUGCUCAAGGUUGAAGUCCCCUGGAUCACGUUUGGCUGGUGUGUAGCACAUCGUCUCGAGUUAUCAUUAAAAGAAAAAUUAGGAAAAACAGCCUCAUUCAAUGACGUUGAUUACAUGAUUUUAAAAAUGCAUUACAUUUACAAAAAAUCCCCCAAAAAAUUAAGACAGUUGGGUGAACUCGUUUCUAUUUUAGAAGAUGAUGAAUAUAACAUUGGUGGUUACCGACCUAAGAAAGCCUCCGGUACACGAUGGAUUUCACAUAAAGUUCAGGCUUUAGAAAUGAUUUUAGAUAAAUACGGUGUUUAUUUAACACAUCUGGAAAAUAUGACUGAAGAUAUAACAUUUACCAAUGCUGAAAGAGCUAAGUUUAAAGGAUUCCACAAAAAGUGGAUUCAUGCUAGAAUGCCCCUUUAUAUCGCGUUGUUUAUUGAGAUUUUAGCACCAGCAAAGAUGUUGUCAAAAUGUUUUCAAAGUGAUGAGAUAGAUGUGUUGGCUUCAUCAGGGUUUGUUCAACAAGCUAAAAGCCAUUUAAAUCGUAUUCAAAAAACAAAGUUUAUUAAUUUGCCAACAGUAAAAUGUUUUCUCGCCAAAGUGACUGAAAAAGAAGGAAAGUUUUAUUUCCAGGGUGUUGCACUUAACGACUUUGUAAAUGCUAAACAUUUAGUAAAAAAGUCUAAAUCUAUUCAUAUCGAGUUGGUAACAAAUUCAAUCAUAGAGCGUUUGGAAACAAGCGAUACUAUUACUGAUAUGUAUGGUACAAAAGUUUUAAAUACAGAAGGUUGGCUUCAAAGUAUUGAAAAUGAAACAUUCCUGGAUGAAGGAAUAGAAAAUCUUUUUGACUUUUAUAGAGCGCCGUUGCGACAUGCUGGUUUUGCAGGAACUGUAAAUGAUGUUUUGGAUGCUUGGCAUAGCUUGGUAAACUACACUGUAAAAUAUUUAGCACCACAUAAUACCGGUUAUCGUAAGUUAUGGCAUCAAAUUUUUUCUAGCUCAAUGAAAAAUGAAUGGGUUCCGGUUUUACUUAUUGUCGAACUAUUAUUUACUUUGCCUGUUUCUAAUGCGAAAGUUGAACGCCUUUUUUCACUAAUGAAUAGAGUAAAAACGGAUACAAGAAACUCUCUGAAAGAGAAACGUUUAGAAAAUUUAAUUCGAGUAAGUUUCGAUGAAAAAGAUUCCUAUUUAUUUGAUUUAAGUUCUGCUAUCGAGUUAUGGACCAAUGAUGCCGUGCGAAGGCCAAAACAAUCAGUAAGAAAAUGCUAUUCCAAAAGAGCAAAAAAAGCAGGAUUAAAAACAUUAAUCGACUUGGAUUCAUCAUCUAACGAAUCAAGUAAUGAAUAGCGCAAAACGAGAUUAUUUUUUCUCACCUUUUUUUAGUUUAAAAAAGUUUUAAUAAUCAAAUAUUGGUUAAAAAGUUCAUUACCUUUU